CUCGAUUCGAUAAAAUACCAGACAAAGUUUUUUUCAGUUUUAUAAACAAACUGCAGAGAUGUGAAAACGAAAGAAAGUAGGUGAUCAUUGGACGCAUACAAAUAUGGAUGAUGCGGAGGAAAUGCCAACGAUAAAUUUUCCACAAGUUCCAGAAAUGGACUCAUCGAAUGAUUAUGAAUGGAAUUAUUCAAUGAGGAGAGAAAUGCAGGAGAUUUUACCUGGAAUUUUUCUUGGAUCUUAUGCAGCGGCAACAAAAAAGAUGCUGAGCUAUCUUGAAGGUAAUGGUAUUACACACAUUGUCUGUGUCAGACAUCCUAUGGAGGCAAAGGCUAUCAAAGCAAAUUUUCCACAAAUAAUACAGUACAUGGUAAUAGACUUAGAUGAAAAUAUUGGAGAAUCAUUAAUCCCAUAUUUUCCAAUGGUGAAAGGAUUCAUUGACAAUUGCUUAAACAACCAAGGUCAUGUCUUGGUUCAUGAUACAGCUGGAAUUUCAUUGAGUGCAACUCUGGUUAUUGCAUAUCUAAUGGAAACAUAUGGUAUAGAAUACAACCAAGCAUAUAAAUUAGUACAGCAGAAAAGAUUAUGUGCACAUCCAAGUAUGCUUUACAAACAACAAUUACUGGAUUAUGAAGCUAUUUACAAAGCCAAACGUCAAGUAGUUGUAAAUACAGAUCAAGGUGCAAAAAGAUUAAGGGUUGAUGUAGAUGAAGAAAUGAGUGUUGACUUCCCAAAUAAAUCGACAAAGUUAAAGUAGGUGACUGUGAGAACAAAUUUGAUGUUCAAUUUUGUUGGUCUGGAGAACUGCUAGUCUCAAAAAUAGGUUUCUGAAGUCUCAGGAGUCAUUUUCAAUGAACUACAUAUUUUUUGGCAAUGAUCCGUUUAGAGAUGAAAUGUAUGAUUCUCUUAGAAAGGUUUUGUUCCUUGGUAUGUUAAGAAAACACUACUUAAGGUUGCAUUAAAAUUUCAAUGUCUUAAAGGAAAAAGUCUAUAGGUCAAAGGAGAUUCAAUAUCCGAAGCAUUAUUUGGUAUCUUAAAAGUGUUUUAUAUUUCAUGUAAAUAUUCGUUUUAAAUGAAUUUUCAACUCUCAGAAGAA